UGUAUUUAUGAUUGUGAAAACGUCACUAAUUAUUUUUUUGUAAUGAUUGUAAGUGUAAAAAUUUAGCAAACACUGUAUAUUGUUAUGUGUUUCAAACAGAGUAUAGGGGGUUGUUAAGUUUUUGAUAAAUAAAAAUGGCUGAUUUCGAUGCAAUAUAUCCUGAAGAACCGGAGCCAGAGGAGAAUAUAGAGGAAACGCAUGUGACAUUAGUACCUGACCCGAUCAUCAUCAGGGGUGCUGGAAACAUGACAGUUUUUGGUCUAAGCAACCGGUUCAAUGGUGAAUUUCCAUCUGGCCUGCAGUCAAGAGUCGCUCCGGAGGAAUAUCAAGCCACUAUAGCUCGUAUUAAUAGUGUGCUUAAGAAAACUCUGCCGGUUAAUGUUAAAUGGCUAUUCUGUGGCUGUGUUUGUUGUUGCUGUACUCUCGGAUGUUCGUUGUGGCCGGUUAUAUGUUUAAGUAAAAGAACACAGCACUCUUUAAAUAAACUUCUAGAAUGGGAGAAUAGCAGGCUUUACAAUAAGCUAGGUCUACGCUGGCGUCUCACUAAGCAACACUGCGAUUCGUCAUCCAUGAUGGAAUAUGUACUUCUCAUAGAAUAUGUACCCAAAAUACCAAUAUACAGGCCGGAUUAAACAAUCUCAUUAAUGUAAAUAUGAACUAACAAUGUAUGUGUAAAUUACACGGUUCGUCACCGCAGUGUAACCAAAAAAAAUAUCUGCCCAUCAAAAUGGUGUUUAAAAUAUUGUUAAUAUACAUCACGAUCAGAUUAUAAGCUUUUUUAUGUAUUAUAGAUGUUGCAUAGGAGCUUGCAGCGGUCGCUUUUAAGGCAAUGUUAUCUUAAUGUGUAAAAUAAGGUUAAGGUUCUGCUGACAGAUCUACCUACUGUUUUUGCUCCAAACACUUGUUGGCAGAUGAGGCUAAGUAUAUAAUAAAUUUUGUUGUAUAUUAAUUUUGGCAAUAUUAAAAAUAUUUUUUUCGCACAAUAAAAUACAUAGUCAACAUUGCUCCAGAUAAUACAUUAUCUAGAUGUGUAUGUUCGUUAUUGUAUCUGUCAUGUUUUUUUUUUAACGAAUUUAAUAACGUAAGUUUAAAACGUUGUGAAUAAUGAUUUUUUUUAAAACAAAAUCACGUAUAUUAUGAAUUCAGAAAUAUUAAAUAAAACUAAUAUUUUUUUAAAUAAUAUUUUCGUCAACAAACACAAAAACGAAUAGUUCUGUAUUUAUGUACCUGAAUGAAAAGUAGUGGACGGAAUGUCUAUAAUGUAACAAUUGAAGUUGGCUGUCUAGAAAAAGCUGUUUCUUAAAAUUAUGUUAGAAAAUAUUUCGGGACUGUGUUAUUAGGCAGUAAUUGUUUAAUGUAGUAUAUUCGUUAGAAGUAUUCGCCCUCUUUUCCCUUUUCAACAAGUUGUAAAGGUUUUAUGUCAGCUAUUGUCGCCAUUACUGUAACAGAAUUUCGUAUUUGUAUUUGACAUUUAAGCAGUUCAAGACGUUUUCUUGCCACCGCCAUCUUUAUUUUUAACAACGGUUGAAAAGCGAACAGGGUAUGUUGACAUUAAUUUGUAAUUUAAGCUAAUGUAAAUAAUUUAAGUACGAAUAAUAUAGAUUAUUUUUGUUCAAAUAAUAAAUGUCACUAUGUGAUGA